GCCCCGACCGUGAACAUGGGGAACACGCAUUCCAAAAGCAGUGACAGAGACAGCGCGCUCCACGGCCGCCCCGAGCUGUCUUUCUACAGCUCUUUUCCUCGGAAAUGGAGCGAGAAUGUCUUUCUAGAUAACGAGCUGCUGACCUCCAAGAUUCUCUCCGUGCUGCGGCCGCAGUCGGAACGGGGCUUCCGGCCGGGCCACCUCCGCUACCCUGCCCACUUUCUCAGCACCAACUCUGUGUUUGCCUCUGUCGCAGCGUCCCUGAAGGAGCACCCGAGGGCCACCCUCGUGUCCGAUGGCAGCUCCGCCCUGUCCAGGAAUGUCGGCAUGACGGUCUCACAGAAGGGGGGGCCACAGCCAGCACCCAGCCCGGCAGGAACGGGAACACAGCUUGGACCAGUCACAGGAGAAAUGGAUGAAGCCGACUCUGUGUUUUUAAAAUUUAAGCAGGCAGCCGAUGACUCUCUCUCACUUACAUCUUCGAAUGCCGAGCCCAUUUUUGUAGAAGACCCCUGCACAGCCUCGCUAAGGAGUGAGAUCGAGUCAGACGCCCGUGAGUUUGAGGCCGAGUCCUGGAGCCUUUCCGUGGAUGCAGCAUACGCAAAGAAACAAAAGAGAGAGGUGGUCAAGAGGCAGGAUGUGCUCUAUGAGCUGGUGCAGACAGAGGCGCACCAUGUACGGACACUCAAGAUCAUGCUGAAGGUCUACUCCAGGGCCCUGCAGGAGGAGUUGCAGUUCAGCAGCAAGGCCAUCAGCCGCCUCUUCCCAUGUGUGGACGAGCUGCUCGACAUACACAGCCACUUCCUCUCUCGGCUGAAGGAGCGACGCCAGGAGUCCCUGGAGGAGGGCAGCGACCGCAACUACGUCAUCCAGAAAAUCGGGGACCUCCUGGUGCAGCAGUUCUCUGGCGAAAAUGGGGACAGAAUGAAAGAAAAAUAUGGUGUCUUUUGUAGUGGCCACAAUGAGGCGGUCAAUCAUUACAAGUUGCUGCUGCAGCAAAACAAGAAAUUUCAAAGCUUGAUCAAGAAAAUUGGCAACUUUUCCAUCGUGAGGCGGCUUGGCGUGCAGGAGUGUAUCCUUCUGGUCACUCAGCGCAUAACCAAAUACCCCGUGCUGGUGGAGCGCAUCAUUCAGAACACAGAAGCUGGCACAGAGGACUACAGAGACCUCACCCAGGCCCUGAACCUCAUCAAGGACAUCAUCUCCCGGGUGGAUGCCAAGGUCAGCGAGUGUGAGAAAGGCCAGCGCCUCCGGGAGAUCGCGGGGAAGAUGGACUUGAAGUCCUCCAGCAAGCUCAAGAACGGACUGACCUUCCGUAAGGAGGACAUGCUGCAGCGGCAGCUUCACCUGGAGGGCACGCUGUGCUGGAAGACCACGUCGGGACGCUUGAAAGAUGUUCUUGCUGUCCUGUUGACCGAUGUGCUUUUGCUGCUACAAGAAAAGGAUCAGAAAUAUGUCUUUGCCUCUGUGGACUCGAAGCGCCCGGUCAUCUCGUUACAAAAGCUCAUCGUGAGGGAAGUGGCCAACGAGGAGAAAGCCAUGUUUCUGAUCAGCGCCUCCCUGCAAGGCCCGGAGAUGUAUGAGAUCUACACCAGCUCCAAAGAGGAGAGGAACACUUGGAUGGCCCACAUCAGAAGGGCCGUUGAGAGUUGUCCGGACGAGGAGGAGGGGCCCUUCAGCGAGGCCGAAGAGGAGAAGAAGGGUCUGGAGGCUCGCGCCCUGAGACUGAGGGACUUCCAAGAGCGAUUGAAUGUGAAAGACCAGCAGAUUGCACAGAGCCUUGGCGAGAAGCAGCAGAUCUACCUGGAGAUGGCGGAGAUGAGUGGGCUAGAAGACGUUGCACAGUCACGACUCCUCUUCCGAGGAGGAGAUCCCUCCGAGACCAUGCAAGGAGAACAGAUCCUCAAAUCAGCCAUGAGUGAGAUUGAGGACAUCCAGACCCUGAUCUGCAGGCAGCUGGGCAGCGCCAAUGGCCAGGCGGAAGACACCGGAGGUUCCUCAGGCCUGCCCCGCAGGGCAGAGACCUUUGGGGGCUAUGACACAGUGAGCAGCCCCAGCAAGAAUGGCAGUUUGAAGAAGACCUGCAGCAGCGACCACGGCCCCCGAGACUGGCAAGGCCCAGUGAGCAACCCAGACUUGAAGCCCAGCAACACCUUGGGGGCCUCUGAGGAGGCUCCACCUGCAGGCCCGGUGCCGGGUGCGGAGUGCGGCCCCCAUCUGCCUGCUGUCCUGGAGUUGGAGCUCGUCCAGCGGAUCCAGACCCUGUCCCAGCUGCUCCUCAGCCUCCAGGCAGUCAUUGCCCAGCAGGACAGCUAUGUGGAGAUGCAGAGGGCCUCCAUCCAGGAGCGUGAGAAGCAGCUUCGGCUGCAGUCCACGCGUGGGAACAUGCUGCUGGAGCAGGAGCGUCAGCGCAACUUCGAGAAGCAGCGGGAGGAGCUGGCCGGCGUGCAGAAGCAGCAGGGCCGCCUGCGGCUGGAGCAGCAGCGCUGGGAGCGGGAGCGGGAGCGCCAGCAGCAGGAGCUGGACCUGGCCGCGGCCCGGCUGCAGCAGCGCGAGAAUGAGUCACUGCAGCUGCAGGAGCAGCUGAGCCAGGAGCGCGAAAAGCUGGAGCAGCAGCGCCAGGCCUACCAGCACGACCUGGAGCGGCUGCGGGAGGCCCAGCGCGCCGUGGAGCGCGAGCGGGAGCAGCUGGAGCAGCAGCGGCGCCUCAAGAAGCAGAACACGGUGCCCGGGGCCCUGCCACCCGACUCACUGGCAGAGGCCCAACCCCCAAGCCACACUCCCAGCUUCAAUGGGGAAGGGCUGGAAGGGCCCACCACCCUCGCCAAGGCGCCAGGACCCCGGGUGAGCGUGCUGCUGUCCGGCUCAGGCCCCGAGUUCACGGAGCGCCCCGAGGUGGCCCGCCGGGACAGCGCCCCGACAGAGAGCCGGCCAGCCAAGAGCGACGUGCCCAUCCAGCUGCUCAGCACCACCAACCAGAUCCAGAGGCAGGCGGCCGUGCAGCAGCAGAUCCCCACCAAGCUGGCGGCGUCCACCAAGGGCGGCAAGGACAAGGGCGGCAAGAGCAGGGGCUCCCAGCGCUCAGACAGCUCAGCCUCGUUUGACCUGAAGCAGCAGCUGCUUCUCAGCAAGCUCAUGGGCAAGGACGAGAACGCGUCUCGGAACCGCCGCUCACUGAGCCCCGUCCUGCUCAGCAGCCACAGCAGCGUGGCCCCCCCAGACCCCUGCUGCCCAGCCCCGCCUGACGUCCCCGCCGAGGGCUGCUCCCUCAAGCCUGGGGGGGGCCCUGUGCCCCCCUCCCCCUUGCCACUGCCCACCACCCCACUCAGCAAGGAAGAAGGCAGCAAGGAAGACGUCAUCUUCUUCUAGAGGGGUGUGGCUCAAAGGACAGACCCCUCCCUGUCCUGCUCUCUGGGCACAGCCCAGUCGUCCCUCUCUUCCCAAGCAAACCGCCACCACCGACCGCCUGGCUGGGGCCAAGGCCAGGGCCAGGGCCAGGGCUGGCCCGUCGUCUCGAGGCUCUUUCUGUAGGAUUAGCAGUGGUGCCUGGGUAACUUUCUAAGCCUCUUUUUUUUUUAACACAAAAACGAAAGUUUUUAAUGGAAGGUUGAACCAGAGCUAACCCCAGGAGCUGUGUCUGGUCGUAGCACUCGUGUGGGUAGGGAGAGUUGGACUCCAUCCGUUUUCCAAGGUAGUGACAGACAGUGGUGUCUCCGCAAGUGGCCUGAUGACCAGCCAGACCCCAGUCUGAGGAGGAGGUCCUGGCCCUGGGCCAGGCUCCAGAGCCACCCGGGGCCGCUGGAGCAUGUCAUUAGGGCCCCAGAAGGGGCUGGGUGGUGUCAGCAGAAUCCGCUUCCAAAGCAGACUCACCUGUGUCCGCCUGAACCUCACGGCCAGGGCAUGAGCUCAGAGAAGCGGUGGCACACGACCCACCUGGGAACACGAGGCCAUGGGGCGGGGCGUAUGAAGAGGACGGCCAGUGGCACAGUAGACAGGUUCUGUGGGUUCUGGAAGGGACGGACCUUAACCCAUUUUAUUGUGACAGGUUUGUAAAACCUGCUGUUGCCAAACUUGGUGCUUUCCAAAGGCACCUCACCACGUUGGCAUGAUUCUGUGGGGUUCGAGAGCGUUAGCCAGGGCCAGCACGCACCUGAAGGUCCCACCCUGAGGCAGAGGGUCCUCAGCCCCCAUGAGAUGGCUGGUUUUCCUGGGGCUGCAGGAAGGAGGUCCCCAGGGCAGGUGUCCCUCAUGGAUGGUCUGGUGCUGGGACGAGGAGCAGAGCAGUGGAGCCACCACGUUGUGGCUGAUAAGAGGGAGAUGCCCGAGGGGUCACAGAUGGCCUGGAGACCUCCGAUGGACAGAUGGCUGUGGGUGCCUCGUGUCCAGUGAGCGACACUAGCUUACUGUCAGCGUCCCCUGGAGGGCCAGGGGCCACCGGUGCAGCUGUACAGCUCUGGGUGUUGGGGACUGUGUCGGGUGUCUAGAGCCGGCCGAUGGGUCAGAUCCACGCCUCAGCUCUGGAGGCACUGCAGCUUGGGGCGGGGCGGAGGAGUGGGGAUACUCCAGCCUUUGCACCCCAGGCUCCCCCGCUGAGCCCAGAGCCCAGUCCAUCCCAAAGCGUCCGUGGGAGGACUGGGGGCCCUCGCUGACCAGGGCCGGGGGCAUCGGCCACAAGGAACUGAAAGCAGUUCAGAAGCUUCCCAAGCCCGGCCCCUCCCCUCCCCUGCCCUCUGCUCUGUCCUGGGGGGCUGCGGCAUCCACGCAUCCUCGGGGAGCCAGGAGAGGUGUCCCCCCCUCGGUCCUGUGAUGCGUCAGAGCUCAUCUGUGCCAUGUCUAGAAUCAGUGUUUGUGUUUUUGUACCAGCACGUAUCCGAGCACUUUAGCAAAGUGGACAUUAAGUUCCUGUCCUAUUGUGAAGAGAACAUUCCUGGGCCCUCGUGCCGGGUGAUUUCACCGCCACGCGCCCCUGUCUGCGGGCUCCAGUCUGACCCUCCGAGACGCCACGAUUCCCCAGACGAUUGCGAGUCCGAGGAAUUUCUGCUCGGCCAUGUGGCAGGAAUGGGGGCGUCCCACUCGGGGCCCCGCAGCGCGGCCGUGUCGACCCAUCUCUCGCCCGUGCGAGGUCACUCCUGAGUAGAGCCCAAUUUUAUUUGUCUGGUUGGUGGUUGAGCAGAUAAUCCUACUUCUGUGGAACCUGUGCACGUCUUUAAUUGUGACCAUAAUCUUAGUCCACCCGACAAUUAUUUUUACGAUGAUUGCAGCAUUUCCUUGCCGCGGGGUCUUUCAGAACCGCCUUAGAACUUAAGAUCGGAUUCCAGCAAUAAAAAUGUCGAAGAUGA